AUGUUUGGCUCUACUUUACAAAGUGGAUCUAAUGGUUCAGGGAACACUAAUAAUAACUGGGGAUCGUCCACAGGGUUUUCGAAAGCAUCAUCGUUUAGUGGUGCAUCUGGUGGACCUGGUGGAGGAAGUUUGUUUGGGAACUCAUCUGCAAAGGACACUAAUUCUACAGGAUUAUUUGGCAAUUCAUCCUCGAAUGCAACUAAUCCUGGAGGAUUAAUCGGGAAGCCACUUUCAAACACUACCAAUACAGGAGGAUUGUUUGGAAAUCUGAGCAAUACAAAUACUGCCAAUACAGGAGGAUUAUUUGGAAAUCUGAGCAAUACAAACCCAACAAGUGGAGGACUUUUCAAUAAUAAUAAGCCAACAGCACCAGGUGGUUUAUUUGGUACAUCUUCGACGAACGCUGCACCUAGUAAUAAUUUAUUUGGAUCAUCGCUGGGAAAUACGGCCAGUUCUGGUACUAGUUUAUUUGGUAACACAGCAAGUUCAAUGGCAGGUUCGAGUAACCCUAAUACCAAUGGGAAUUUGUUUGGAGAAAGCGCUAAAAAUAAUUUAUUUACUAAUAAUGCAUUGUCUAAUCAGACAUCAAUUCCAUCCAAUAAUAGUUCCGCGAACCCGUACAGUUAUGAUCAAGUUUUCAAUGAUUUGCAAAAGACUGAUUCGAUAAUGCCAAAAUCUGUCACGGAAGAUUUGUUUGCUAACACAAGUAAUAAGGAAACAUCUGAAAGGAAGAGAAUGUUUACUCCUGUGGAUAAAUCAAAGCAUACUCCAAAGGGUUCAUCAUUAUUAUCCAAGUUGGGACAAACGUUAAAAUACUUUAGAUAUUCCAAUUCCCCUGCACAAUCAAAUAACUUUGCAUCAGUUAAAGGAUUAUUUACCCAAGCGAAUUUUUUGACUUCGAAAGACAAACAAAGUAUUUUGCCUAAAGCUACAAAAUUAGCACCCAAACGAAUCACGAAACCUUCAUAUAAUACAUCUUUAGAAAAUAGAGGCAUAAAGAGAUUGGUCAUAAAAUCUAAGCCCUUGAAGUUUCAUUUGAUCGACGCUGAUAAAGUCUUGAAUACAAAAAAGAGGCGUAUUGUAUCUGAAGUAGUACUGUCAGACAAAUUGUUAACUGAUAAUUACUUGAGUGAUGAAGAUGAUUCUGAUAAUGAAAACUUUAUUAAUAGAAAACGCGAGGAUAUCGCUUCUCGCUUCCCAUACAAAAUUAGCACAAAUGACGAGAAAGCAAAUAGUAAAAAUACUGAUCAAGUCCUUGGAGGAGAAAACAUUGAUGAAAAUAAUGACCAGAAUUUGGAUGACAAGGAUACUAAUAAUGGCUACUGGUGUACUCCAUCACUUAAGGAGUUAUCAGAGUUAUCAGUUCAAAGAUUAGCAAACGUGGAGAAUUUUAUAAUUGGAAGAAUUGGACAGGGACAGAUAGCCUAUAACUAUCCUGUGGAUUUGUCAGGCGUGGCUAUAUUUUGCGAAGAAAACAAUUCCACUUUGAACAAAGAACUAUUUGGCAAGAUUGUCGAGAUAGGAAACAGAAUUGUUAAGGUUUAUCAGGAUGCUGAAAACAAACCUCCUAUUGGAUUUGGUUUAAAUAUUCCUGCCACGAUUUCUUUAGAAGGUAUACAACCAAGGAAGGGAGAGUCAAGAUCUGAUUUCAUUAGAUAUUUACAACGCCAAGUGGGUAUGGAAUUUGUAACAUAUGACCCUAUUACUUGCAUUUGGACUUUUAAGGUUAAGCACUUUAGUAUGUGGGGUUUGGUAGACGAGGAAGGUGAAUUUACAAGCAAUAAAAAUCAACUUGCAGAAAUGAAGAGAAAACAGGAUUCUAAAGAAGACGAAGCCGUUCUUGAAUAUUCAAGAAUCUAUGAAGAUGAAAAAUUCAAACAAGAAUUGAAAAAGCAAAGGGUUAGUACUUAUACGAGUGGAUUACCUGGUGGUUGGGAUUAUAGCCAGAUUAUGCAGAAUAGUCCGAUGAAAACUAAGAGAAACUUGGUUACCGAUGAAAUAAACAACCAAUUGGAUUUAUACAAGCAAGAACAAACGACUAAUGCAUUAACUUCAAACGUGAGCGAUAUCACCAUAGACUCAGACGAAGAAAGUCGCUCUGCUUCACCCGACAGUUUUGUUUUUGGUAUUCCUGAUAGUUCUCAUGCUCCAUUCGAGAAAAAGAAUUUCGAUUAUUUGAAGCAGUUUAUAAGUGUGCUCCCUAAAGAUGUAGAUAUGUCUCAAAUAAUUAAUGAGAAGGCCUACGAACCUGAAAUCACAAAUGAUGCUAUGUUUGAUAACAUUCAAUUGAAGCCUAACUUAGCGGUGUCUGAUGACUGGUUAGUGCAAUUAGAAUUAUGUAAUGAUGUUAAUUCCUCGUUGACACCAUACAUAACCGAAUCAUGUAAGGUUUCUGGGGAGGAUAAGAAUAGAAUUACGGCGGCAAAGAUUGAUGAUAUACUUUUUCCUGAAUUUAAUAGAGAUUCCUUAUCUAUGAACCAUGUCUCAACUCCUAUCAAUUCAAAGAAAUUUUCCAAUCUAGAAGGGUCAUCAUUAGAAAUGUACGAGGAAGUAUAUCCACGCAAUGUAUCAAAGGUCAUCUACCAUAUGUUGUCAAGAUCUAUGAUUUCCACACGCUCAAAUAAGUUCCCCAUCGUUGAAAGCAACUCUAACUUCUCAUUUGCUGAUAUUUCUCUAAACGAGAAUUCUACCGACGAAGAAGAACAAAUACUUAAACUCGGAUCUGCCCUUUUUGAUGAGCAUAAGUUAAAUGAAUAUGACGAAUAUAAAGACGUGAACAUUUCAGAUUCUCAUUUAGUGAAGUAUUUGGAGAAUUUACAACAAAAGAAAAAUUUUACCGAAUGGCUCAAGGUAUAUAAUGGGUCAACAAUAGAGCAAUUGAUUGAGAAAAAUAAGUCUGAUAUGUUAGAGUAUAUCUUCAUAAAAGUAUGCGGAGGAUAUUUAAAAGAUGCUAUAAAUCUUGCUAUGGAUUCAAAUAAUGCUCACUUAUCUGUUAUACUUACUUUGAUUGAUUCAAAUGAUGAUGCAGUGAAGUCAACAGCAGUAAAUCAAUUACAAUACUGGUCAGAUACAUCGUCGUUAAGCAUAAUUCCGAAGCCGAUUGUCAAGAUUCACAAAAUACUCUCGGGAGAUUUCAGCGAAGUAUUAUCAGGUUUGCCAUGGAAUAUUUCCUUGGCUAUCAAAUUAUUCUACGGUGAUAACACUUUGAAAUUGCACGAAUUGAUUCAAGAGUUUCAAGACGGAAUAGUUGAAAGUGGUCCAAUAUAUGAUAUCUUAACUUUGUAUAACCAGAUUCAUACCAAAGAUAAAAAUCAAGCUUUACAGUUGAUCAAAAGCUCGCAUUUGAAUAUAAAGUUAAAGUGGUUUUUCAAUAAAGUCUUGUCUAGGGGAGAUGCUAGUUUUGAAAUUCUCAGUACGGACCUAUCCUUAUCUUUUGGUAACUUCUUAGAAAAGAUUGGGUUAUGGAAGGAAUCCAUAUUCGUCUAUUCACAUAUAUCAGAUGAUAAAGAAAAUGAAAGAGUGAUCAGAAAUUUGGUCAUAUCUAAUAUAGACCAAAUCAAGAGCUCACCUGAUGAGGAAACUUAUAUUACCAAGGUUUUGAAGGUACCCCAAAGUCUAAUUUAUGAAGCUGUUGCUAUUCAGGAACACUCAUUAGGUAAUUACUGGGAAGAGUGUGAGGCUUUGGUAACUGCAAAAUUAUGGAAAAAAGCCCAUGAAUGCAUAAUUAAAGAAUUAGGCCCUUUGACUGUCAUUUCCAAUAAUGAUGAAUCUAAGAAUCGCUUGCAAAGCUUGAUUGCCAAAUUUCCCGAAUCGGGCCACAUCAUUCCUCUGUGGUCACAAGGUGCUGGCAUUUAUGACAAUUUUGUUUCUCUCUCUCAAGAGGAAAUACAGGAAAAAGCGUCUCUGGAUGUACACACAUUAUUGGUUUCGUUAUUAUCCAAUUUGCCGUUACUUCAAGAUUACAACACUUCUAAGUGCCGAAUUGCAUCGAAGUUAAUGUCCAAAAAGGUUGGUGAUAUCGCUCUUAACUAUGCAGACCAAAUCGGAAACAUUAAAGGAUUGAUAUUAUCUCUUCCACUAGGCGAAGUUGAACGGAACUACUUCAAUAUUCGCUUGCAGCUGGUGAAUAUUUAG